AUGGUCUCGCAGACAGUUGUUUCCUCCCUCCUGGUCGUCCUCGGCGCCGCCGGCGUCAGGGCCCAGCAACGCCAGAGUCUCUGGGGACAGUGCGGUGGUUCCGGCUGGAGCGGCCCUACACUCUGUGUUGACGGCGCGUGGUGCAACCCCCAAAACCAAUGGUAUCACCAAUGCAUUCCAGGCAGCGGUCCUACCACGGCCCAGCCUCAGGUGCCUACCACCACUGCCAGACCAACAACAACACUCGUCACAUCUGUUGUUUCCUCCACCACCUCCCCGUCGGGUCCCGUGGUGACAAAUCCUCCCGUGAACCCCGGUACUUGCCCAAACACACCGUCGGGCCUAGGAACGCCAGUGGCCAACCAGCUCAACGACCCCUUCACCUUCCACAACGGAAACAAGGUCACCAGCAAGGCGGACUGGGCCUGCCGGCAGAGGGAAAUCUCUGAGCUUCUCCAGCGCUAUGAGCUCGGAACUCUCCCCCCCAAGCCCAGCAGCGUGACGGCCUCCUUUUCAGGAAGCACGCUUUCCAUCUCGGUCUCUGAGGGCGGCAAGUCCAUUUCCUUCACCGUCUCCAUCAACAACCGUCCUUCCGGGGCGGGUCCGCACCCGGCCAUUAUCAACUUUGGCACCUUUGGCGCGUCCCUCCCUGUCCCUGCUGGCGUGGCCACCAUCAACUUCAAUAACGACGACAUUGCCCAGCAGCAGGGCGGCUCUUCCCGCGGCCGUGGCAAGUUCUACGACCUGUACGGGUCCAGCCACUCGGCCGGUGCGCUCACCGCAUGGGCCUGGGGUGUCUCCCGCAUUGUCGACGCGCUCGAGCUCACCCAGGCUCAGACUGGCAUUGACCCUACCCGACUCGGUGUCACCGGCUGCUCGCGCAACGGAAAGGGUGCUAUCGUGGCCGGUGCCCUCGAGCCCAGAAUCGCCCUCACCUUGCCCCAGGAAUCAGGCGCUGGCGGCUCGGGCUGCUGGAGAAUUGCCACAUGGCAGAAGAACAACGGGCAGAAUGUCCAGGAUUCCACCCAGAUCGUCCAGGAGAACGUCUGGUUCUCGCCCAACUUCAACAGCUACGUCAACAACGUUAACCAACUUCCUUUUGAUCACCACUUGCUCGCUGGUCUGAUUGCCCCCCGCGCCCUCUACGUCAUGGAGAACGUGGAUAUGGAAUGGCUUGGUAAGAUCUCGACCUACGGCUGCAUGGGAAUUGCCCGGAAGCAGUGGGAGGCUCUCGGUGCGCUGGACAACUUUGGCUACUCUCAGGUCGGCGGCAACAGCCACUGCAGCUUCCCGUCCAGUCAGCAAGGCAGCGAGCUCAAUGCCUUCAUUGAAAAGUUCUUACUCAAGAGGAGCGGAGGCAACACCAACAUCUUCAGAAGCACUCAGACUCACUCGAGCUUCAAUCUCAACAACUGGAGCCCGUGGGCUGUUCCCUCUUUGAACUAG